CUUCAAGUCAAGGUCACUUAGGUCCGUUUUGGGACUUAUAGGUUUAUUAACUAGUUAUGUUUCGUUUAAAAUGUGCUUUUCAAGUGUACGAUUGGGGUAAAGUUGGAGUAAACAGUGAGGUCUACAAGCUAUUGAGUCAAACUCAAGAGCUAGAUAACUUGAAGCCGUAUGCAGAGCUAUGGAUGGGGACUCAUGUUUCUGGACCGUCUUUCAUGAUGGAUAGUCCUUCAAUAUCUCUUGACACCUAUAUUUCAAGAAAUCCACACUGUUUAGGUUCGAAAGUGUCUGAAAAAUUUGGCAAUGCUUUACCUUUUCUGUUCAAAGUUCUUUCUGUGCGAAAGGCGCUAUCUAUCCAGGCCCAUCCAGACAAGGUAAGUUCGUACACAUUAAUCCGGUAGUGGCUAAUUUUAUUCUUGGUUUGUCUUUGCCUUUAUUGGUGUUUUCAUGUAAAACAGUUGUGGUUUAGUAUACACCUUAAUAAAAAAACGAGAAAAGCCAUGGUGCAAAUAUCAAAAUAUUAUUAAAGGAGUAUGCUGUCAGGUUACAUGCUAACAGACCUGAUUUAUACAAAGAUGCUAAUCACAAACCAGAAAUAGCUAUCGCAUUAACACCUUUUGAGGCGAUGGUCGGUUUCAGACCACCCGAAGAAAUUGGUGCCUUUGCGAAACAUAUUCCUGAACUUCACGCUAUUAUUGGUCCAGAUUUUACAAAUGACUUGUUAAAUAUCUUCACAGAUAAAACACUUACUUCUUCGUCAAUUAAAGCCGCCUACUCUCGUUUGAUGAAUGCCGAGUCCAGUGUUGUCAGUAAUUUAGUGGAAGCUUUGAAAAGACGUCUGACUAAUGGUGAAAAGAUAGUUAUCCCACCUUUUAAAAAUUAUAUUCUUGAUACAGAAGCUCUUGGAGAGAUAUUCAUUCGUUUGGCAACAGAUUACCCUGGAGAUGUUGGUUGUUUUAGUUUGUUCUUUUUUAAUUAUUUAAAACUCAAUCCAGGAGAAGCAAUUUUUCUUGAACCUAAUUUGCCACAUGCUUAUUUAUCCGGUGAUUGCGUGGAAUGUAUGGCUUCUUCGGAUAAUGUAAUUCGUGCCGGUUUAACACCGAAAUUCAAAGAUGUGGAUCAUCUGCUUCGAAUUAUUCAAUAUGAACCUCGAUGGGGAUCAGCAUUGAAAUUUGUUGGGCAGACGAAAAAAAUUGUACCAAUCGAUUCAGAUGUGCAUACUAGUGAUGAUCAAGAAAAGAAAUCAAUUAAAGAUGAUACAUCAGUUAUGUCUGAAAUUGUGACAUUUUCUCCUCCAGUUGAUGAUUUUGCUGUGGAUAAAAUCUCAAUAUCGGACAAGGAUAAAAUAGUCCAGUUUUCGCCAUUGAAAUCUGCCAGCAUUUUGAUUAUUAUCUAUGGGAAAGGCACAUUACAACGUAUGCAUUGGGAUCCUUUAUCCACUUCUAACACUAAGGUAGACAAUCACAGAUCAAAAUAUGCGGAUAAUUAUCCAAUGCCUUCUGCGUUUGUUUGUGAAUCUUUUGAAUACGAUCAAGGAUCAGUGUUUUUCAUCAACGCUGGAACUGCUUUCAGUGUUCAUCAAUUACAGAAAAAUGAUUCACAUUUAUUAGCAUUUCGAGCUUAUGCAAAUGUCUCCACUGACUAAAUAUUAUUUUUUUUGGAAUCCUUUCUUACCCUCAUACUUAUAAUUUAUAUUGAUUUUUUGUUUUCUAGAAAUCCGGUUCUCUAAUUAGUUAGCAAUAAACAAUGUAUUCAAUCUUAUCAUUUGGAAAUUGUAUUUUCCUUUAAUUGGCUCUUUAAUAAUAUGUGAGAUAUAUAAACAAUAAAAGUAUUAUUAUUAUUAUUAUUAUUAUUAUUAUUAUUAUUA